GGGGAAACUCGGUAGUGGUGGGGCUUCUCCUCCACAGAUCCCGGGAGCCCAGCAAAUGCACAGUCGGCCUACAGCAGGCUCUCUCCAAAGGUCUCGUCCCUGUCAUCCUAGCUUCCCUCCAACCCACUCCCCCAUGGAGCUGGCUCUCCCGCUUGUGGGAGCCCAGGCUGAGAGCAAACACUCAACCUGUCUAACCUGUCUGACGUCAUCAUCUCUCCACCCACCUGGGGCCCAGGUAACCAGCCGGCUGCUCUUCCUGUUCUCAGCUUCCGUCCUCUCAGCUUCCUUACAGCACCCCCACUUGCCAGAGCUGAGCCUCGUUAGGCCCUGCCUAGCCUUGCGUUGGCCCUCAAUCCCUCUGGCUGCAGAAGUCUCCUUACCCCCAAUGAGAGGCGGUGCAGGUCCAGGUCUCUUGAGAGCUGAGGGUUGAGGGCUUUGAGACAGCACACAGACUUGUCACCUCUGCCCCUGAAGACACUUGCACCUUCCAUGCGGAGCCAAAAUGGGGAAUGGAACCGAGGAAGAUUAUAACUUUGUCUUCAAGGUGGUGCUGAUUGGCGAAUCAGGCGUGGGGAAGACCAACCUGCUAUCCCGAUUCACGCGCAAUGAGUUCAACCAUGACAGCCGCACCACCAUCGGGGUUGAGUUCUCCACCCGCACUGUGAUGCUGGGCACCGCUGCAGUCAAGGCUCAGAUCUGGGACACAGCUGGCCUGGAGCGGUACCGAGCCAUCACCUCGGCGUACUAUCGUGGUGGAGUGGGGGCCCUCCUGGUAUUUGACCUAACCAAGCACCAGACCUAUGCAGUGGUGGAGCGCUGGCUGAAGGAGCUCUAUGAUCAUGCCGAAGCCACUAUUGUCGUCAUGCUUGUGGGUAACAAGAGUGACCUCAGCCAGGCCCGGGAGGUGCCCACUGAGGAGGCCCGCAUGUUCGCUGAAAACAAUGGUCUGCUCUUCCUGGAAACCUCAGCCCUGGACUCCACCAAUGUUGAGCUGGCCUUUGAGACUGUCCUCAAAGAGAUCUUUGCGAAGGUGUCCAAGCAGAGACAGAACAGCACCCGGACCAAUGCCAUCACGUUGGGCAGUGCCCAGGCUGGGCAGGCCUGGCUCUGGAGAGAAAAGGGCCUGUUGCAUCAGCCUCUGACCUUGGCCAGCACCAACCCUGCCCCCACUGGCUUUCUGGUGCCCCUCGUCCCCACCCCAGCUCUAGGACCCUACCCUGCCCUUUGGUUCCAGAUGUGAGAGUGUCUGGUUCCCUGUUCACAGCCCCUAGAGCCUUAAGGUCUUCAUGCCCCACCACACAUAUCUCUAUUAUCUUUCCACCCUUCACAGAUGAGGACCCUCAAAUAAAGCUGUGUUUUGUAUUAA